CUUCUCCAUACAGCAAUGCAAAUUGUCUGUACCCUAUUCUCGGACUUAAGAAGCCUGGCGGGUACGAUCCUUAUGAAUCUCUUGGCAGCUCUUUUUAUGGUUCAACUGCUCUUCAUAGUUGGAGUAGGUGGCGUUCAGGAUUGGGAGCUAUGCAUUUCUCUGGAGUUGAGCUUGCAGUACCUUCGGAUGACGGUGGUUUGUUGGCUGGCUGCGAUGUGUCAUCAUCUUUACGCAACCGUUGCUUCGAUCCCGCGUCGCGACGAUCCACCAUCUUAUCUGAAAUACAGUCUGUUCGCCUGGGGUACACCAUUGCUCGAUCUGGCCAUCGCCACUUUCCUACAGAUACGUGAGGCGACUGUCAUUUGGAACAUAGCGGAUCUUACACCAUUCAAUUGCUGGUUUCUAGGAACGAAGGCAACGAUUUAUGCGUACGGCUUGCCAGUGGCCCUUCUGCUUCUUUCCGCCGGCUACUAUCUAAUCAAAGCUGCGAUUGUAUCCAGAUACACGUGCAGCAUGCAACUGGAAAUUAAGCAACGCGAGAAGAUGAAGAGAAGGAGAGCGUUGCAAAUUAUUCUGUUUUUAAAAGUGUGUAUAAUAGUGGGUCUCAUAGCUGGGUGUGGAGUCGCGUCCAGGGUGUGGAAAGUCCCUUUCCUCUGGGCUGUAUUCUGUACUGGACAUUCUUUGCAGGGACUAGUUGUAGCGCUAUCCGUCGCGUGCAACUGCAGAGUUUUGAAAAUCUACACCAGGAAAUCGUACAAGCAACCAAAACAACAGAUCGCGCAUUCUAGUAGCAGCAGCAUGCAACUGCUCGCACCUGCGCCAGAUCCGGUCUAGAUCCACGAAUUUUCGGCUACUUUUGCGGACGAAGCCACCAACGAAGAUGAAAAUAAAGGGCCAUCGAAACAAAGGAUUUCCAUUACAUUUUCCAUCCAAACGUAUCUCUCGCUCUCUCCGAAAUGAUUCUCUAGUGAUAGAGAGAUAUUCCUCUUCUUCUAUUACAUUUACGAAACUGAGACGUAUUUCGAACAAAAUCGAUUUUCAUUUGCUGCUCGAGAACGGUUGAAAACACUGCAAAGAUAUCAAACGUUUAAAGCUAAAUAUCACCGUGAACUUUGACGAUUUUCUGCUGUGCUGUUUUCUUGGGUCAAAGAUUUAUUCGAUUAUAGGAGAAAAAAAGCACGGACAAGGGAGAGUUCAGGAGAAACGACCUCGGACGUGAAGAAAAAGAAACGGCGAGAGAACAGUCGUAAUUUACUUUAAAUUACGUUUUCCGCUUUCCGGUGGCCGCGUUCAAAGCCUGCGAGCUGAACGCGCUUGAGUAUAGAGGCUUUUCGUGGCAGGAAGCGGUAGCGAAUAUCGCGCGCCGUUCCAAACCAGCGGAACUGGAAAGAUCAAAUUUCACGAGUCUAUCGCGUCAGUGGCCAUAAAGACGACCACCGGACGCAAAGAGAUUAUGUGAAGAUAGUCGCGCGUCAAUGUAUCGUAUCGUUGUUGAUUUCACAAGCCUUGCAUUCCGUGCACGUCGAAUGCCACGCUGUAAACGGCGUCGCUCCGCACUACUCCGCACAAUUUUACCAGAUCGAAUUGGAAGUAGAUGUACGAGUAACUUUUAACAUAUCCGCGAUGUCGUCUCUCGUCGCAUACACGAAUGCCUCUUUUUUUGCCUUAUUUUUCGAGCCAUUUUACGAAACUACUUUAUUUUCUCGAUCUUCGUAAAAAAGAGUUAAAUCGCAUAGAACCAGCAACGAACGCCAACUAGCGCCAACGAACAGAGAGUAAAUCAUGCGGCAUUCCGGACGAUGCAUUUCGGUAAUGUGAGUAUUUGCUCGUUACGGAGAAAAUCGGAACGAAAGAGGAACAAAAGAUGAAAAAAGAUCGAUCCAAUAUGAAAGGAACGGAGGCGCGGUGCAUUCGGAAGCGCGUUCGGGAACGCGUUCACGGCGGUUUUGCGGCUGUCAUUUCCCUGCGAUGUAAUUAACACUUGGUAAUCACCUAUGCGAUCGCAUUAGUACACCUAACCACCAGCACUCUGUAAAUGUAAACGCAUGUAGUUAUGAGGAAAUAAAUAUUUUGAAAUCCAAUAAAAACUGUGGAAUACCGAGGCAUAUCGAUUCGUGAACUAUUUCCCUACUUAAUCGACCGCUUCGUCUGCUAGUCGUGGCUAGUCGAGAAACAAGAUCCGUUUGUUAAACUAAUUACCGAUUUCGUUGCGACCACGCCACGGCCCCCUUCGUCCAGUUUCCCUAUUCCAUCUCGAAAUCAAUGCUGUCACCGCUCUAAUUGCAGGGACAAUUAAUUUACGUGAGCUCGCCGCAAUCCGUUAUCGUUAUCUCGAUAAUUGCGUGAAUUACACAGAACAGGAAAUUCUCGGAGAUGGUGGAGAUGGCACAGGUGUUGAUGAGGUUAGGCCUCGUGCUGAACUACGUGUGCGCCUCCUCCCUUCAACUUCUCCAACAGAUGCAUUCAAAUCCUGCAAUAGGAGAUCACUCACUAUUAAUCAUAACUCUGAAUGCAGCAUAGUCCAAAUAAUAUCUUACAACAAAUCUGCUUCUUACAACAAUAAUGAAAAUUUUUAAAUACGACUAAAAUGCACAGCGUACUCUACUACCCGCACAAUUAAACAAUAACAUGAUUUCUUUUCGUAAUUUAGUCUAUACCUAUUAAUUUUUACUCUAGCGAAAUAAUAUAAAAAUUCAUGUUA